CUCGCUGAUUGAUGCAGCAGCAGCCAUCCCAUCCUGUGGGAGGGUCAGUCUGUACGCACAUAUGAACCAAUCCACUCGCAUGCCAUCUCACUCGCCUAUCUAUCCACACACCCACACACGGUGACACACCCACACGCCACUGUACACACACACACACGCGCACACACACACACACACACACACAGUGAGGGUCGGAUAAGUGAGACACGGCCCGGGGUGUCCCAUUUAGCGUUUUUCCCAUUUAGCAGCGUCCCACUUAUCCGACCCUCACAGUACACGGCAGCCAUGCCUUCACACAUUUCAUGCAAUACACCGAUGGAUGGAUGGAUGGAUGUGACAAUGGGUAGUAUGACGUCAAAAAGAAGAGAAGGCUACAUUGCGUGGCACCACUUCGCGUCUCCAAAAGGGUCUCGACUCGCCCCGCACUGAUCGUAUCUCAGUCAGUGGCCGUACUGUACUGGUGGUUGCGGUGUGUGACCGUACUUACUUACUGCUAUCUGUCUAUCAACAGGCAUGGACGGACAAAUGCCCUGCCAACCGAACGCAAAGAGCGCCUUCUCCCUCUCUUUCUGUCUGUCUGUCUGUUCAUGUGUGUGGCGACAUUUCCAGCAGGGGUCGGCCCUGCCGGUGGUUCUCGGGGAUGGCAUCCUCUGCACACACAGACACCCACACACACAUAGAAAGAUACACAUGGUACAUGUUGGUGCCUGAGGGUGGCAUUCAUUGCUUCGUUGACCCACCCGGCAGCUGGUGGUAUUCCUGCAGCUGGGUCUUCACCUCCAUCAUCACCUCGCGACGCAACGCAUUGCGGACGGAAUUCUGACACAUGCAUGGCAUGGACACAGUGAGUGAUGUGUACGCCUUCUCUCUACCCACACCCACCCACCCUCCCACCCACCCACCUGUGUGUAUUUCUGGUAGAAGUAGAAGGCCAUGGCGGCGAUGACGGUUAUCAGCAAGACGACCAACACCACGGUGCCCAUCGACACACCCUCGACAAUGCGGUUCUCUAUCCGUCUGGCCGCCUCCCUGACGACACCACACACACACGGAAAAGACACAAACGCAAUACAUACAGCACAUUGAUUGCAUAUGGCGUACACAUGCACUGCAUCCAGGCAGGCAGGCACCAUGCAUUCCCGUACGUAUCUUAUCUGUCUGUGUGCUGUGUGGCGUUCUACUAAGUCCACAAGUGUGUGCACCAUUCAUUGUGCGUCCCCUGUGGGCCUUAACACCGCCACUGUGCCUCCCUCUAUCUAUGCACCGCCGACUUGGAAGGAUCCCCGUGGUAGUCAGAACCGAUCCAGUAAAUACGAUGCAACUAACGGCUGGCUCCCUGCCGGCCUGCCUGGCUGGCUGGCUGGCUGGCUGACGUGUGUGUAUGCCCGUGUGUAUGUGUGUGCUCACUGUUUGAGUCUUGUGCACUCUGCUGGCUCCUGCUCGAGGCCCUGACACACCGCCCUGGUCACUUGAUCCACAUCCAACAUACCAGCAAACCUACACAUACACACCCACCCAUUUUCAUCCACAACGCCUUGGUCUCCAUGUUGCUGACCGCACUCACCUCCAUCCGUUGAUUCUGAGAGCCAAGAGGCUCCAGGCCUGGUUGGACUGCUCUUGGGUGAGCAGGUAAUGGCCCUUCUGACCCUCCAUGCAAUCCCUUAUCAGCUGCCUGGGCACCUGCCGGCUGCUGAUAUGCCGGUCAUGGUACAGCUUGUCGAUGAUGGCGUCGGCACACUCAUCCGAGAAGGGCGACCCCAGCUGCCGGCGGCCGUGGUGGUGCCCGUGAUGGUGGCCGUGAUGGUGGUGGCCGCCGUGUCUGUGGUGGUGUGAGGGCAUCGAUGCGGGGGCGUUGGCGAUGUUGUGUGCCUGGAUGGAGCACUGCUCGGCGAAGGCCUUGACGUAUAGCCAGUAUGGAUUGCUGAAGAGGGAGUCGCUGUGGCCGGGGAUCGGUGUGGCCGUCAGGUUGUACACACACAGCUGACGCAAAUCCUCUCUGACCACCUGCAGGUCAACAACACAUACAUAGAACACACAGACACGCAGCGAACGAAGACACUGGUUGCUCCUGUCGUGUGAACGUUCCCCCUCCCGCCCCCGUGCUGUGUUGCGUUGUCUGACCGCUUCGCCAGUGACGGACCCGCUUGGGCCGUCAGGGUCGUCUGCGCAGAAGUCGGUCUUCUUCUGCGCGCCUGGCUUGAAGGUAGGAUCGUAGCAGAGGUCCUCGAAGUGUUUGGGGAAGGACACGAUGCGGUAGUGAGGCACGAAGCGCAUGUGGUUCUUGAGCAUCUCAGCGUGGCGAGAAUACUCCUGCAGAAAGCGGCUCCCUGCACACAACAGACAGACGCAUGGGCCAUGGCGGGCGGAUGAGAGAGCCGCGAAGGCGACACUUGGUUGUACGUACCUUCCUCUGAUGCAGCGUCAGUCCAGAAGUCGACCCACGCGACGUCUCGGGUGGGUAUAUCCCACUCCACCUCGCCGUAAACGGUUUUAUCGUCUUCUUUGUUGGUCAUGUCAGCGUGCUUGAUGAAGUCCUUGAGCAGCUGGCCCGUCUCGUGGUCGAUGAGGAUGGAGGGGAUGUAGAUGUCCUUCCCGUAGCCGUCGUCGGCCAUGAUAAUGUGCUGGAUGUCCUGCCAUGUGUAGCUCGACGUCUUGCUGUCCGCCACCACCACCGCCGUCGCCUUGUACUCGUCCUGUGCUACCUUGACCUUCGUCACGAAUGUGCACACGCCUCUGCACCGCGCACACACAUCCACAAGGUAUGGGUGUUGGUGUGUGUGAGUGUUUGCUGGUUGUGUCGUGCGUCGUGUGUGUGUCACCUACCUGUCGACAACGAUGAUCAGCGAGUCGAAGGCGGUGGGCAGGUUGUUGACGUUGCCGUCGAAAUCCUUGAGAUCCGGCAGGUCUUUCGUGAUGUUGAAGUAGCCGGGCUUGCAGUGCAUCCCAGCGUCCUCUCUAUAGAUGAAACGACCCACCAGUGUCGUGCCUGACAGACAGGUCGAUAGAUAGCAUACGAAACAAACGGACCAAUGAAUGGACAACGAGAGAGAGAGGUUCCCCUGUGCUGUGUCCUUCCUGCCUGGGAGCUCACCAUAGUAUGGUGCCCCAAAUGUGGCUGUGGUGCCGGGAAUGAUGCCUCCCCGGUCUGGGAAGCGCAGGGCCAGUUGGUCAGCCAACGAGUGUGGAGUCGUCACCCUGAUCUGACCAGCCGCCAACGUCAGCACAGACGCCAGCAGCAUCGUUAGCAUAGGCAGCCGGGAUGGCUGGCUGGCUGCAGAUCUUGGACUCAUUUCCAUUGUGUUGUGGUUCUCCUGGUCCCGGCUUGCGGCGCAGGAAGCUCCCCCGGUGCACUCAGACGCUCCUCUCAUGUCAGACGCUCGCCAACGAAGAUGGAUGGAUGAUUCCUCACUCAGCUGUCCUUGCAGCUGUCGUUCGAAUGAAUCAUUAAAAACGGAUGAGCUAUAGGCUGUGACGCGCUGGAGCUACGCCCAAGCGAGGCCCUCUUUCC